AUGGAGUACUAUGAGGAUUUAUCAACUCACAAAGUCAAGCGAAUUACAUUAAAAUAUUUAAUUAUUAAAACCUCCUACGACCGGGUGUCCACAUAUGUGGACAUCACAAUUUUAGUUGCGUGCACCAAAGUACUCCAUUCUGUGUAACUGAAACCUGUUGUACACAAACGUGGACAUACACACUGCCAUCUGGUGGUGUCAGAAGAGAAAAACACUUUACAUAGAAAUUUCAAGAUGGCGGCAAACCCACCUGAAAAGUCAAGCAGCCACAUCAGACCAAAACAUCGACAAGAGCAUAUUCCUCUGUCAAAGGUACUGGAGUCAAUUUCUGGGGACAACUCCGAGGUAGAGGACUUGAUUGAUGACACCGUAGAGGAUGUUGAUUACCAUCCUCCACAACAGGAGCCAAGCAGCAGUGAGAAGGAGAGUAGUGGGAGUGAAGACCCCAUUCCUCAAUCCAGUCGGGGACGUAAACGUCUCUAUGGUGAAACUUUUGGUUAUCGAUCAGACCGUAGCACUGCCAUUUUACGCACUCCCAGACGUCAGACUCCGCGGGAUGAGACUUGUGGCUCAAAUGAUGACACUGAAGAGUCAACACCGGCACCUAGCUUUCAAGAGCAAUCCAAGCAAGAGCGAGGAGUGCGCUGGAGGCCUGCUCAAUUGACCUCAAACCUAGACCAGUUUGAGGAGGAAGCGGAGCGGAACAGAGAAGGCUGGACCACGCUGGACUAUGUAAACCAGUAUAUUGAUACAGAUGUAAUGAAUCUGAUUGCAUGCUGCUCCAAUGCUACAGCAAUAGCUAGGAGUGGGCACCCACUUAACACAUCAGUUGAAGAGAUUUAUCAUUUCUUUGGUGCCUCAAUGUCCAUGAUUGUAAAUGAUACCAGUUACAAGAGCCUGUCCUUGUCAACAACAUCUGCCAAUGAAGCCAAAUCCUGUUGGCAUGAAAAACUUUGUUUGUGCUUCAGCGGAAGGCGUCGUUCUCGACUUUGAAUUAUAUCGGGGUGGAGAUGCACUGACUGCACAGGUCCAGGAACCUGGAGAACUGGGUUUAGGAGGCUUGGACAUUGAUCGUCUGUCUGAAACUCUUAAGCCUGGUACGAAAGUGUACUGCUGUUGGUUCUUUACAUACAUGAAAGCUGUGAAUCAAAUGGUGGAGAAGAAGGUAUACCUAACUGGUACGGUUAUGAAGAAUCGGAUUUACGAAGCAGUGAAGAAGCUACCAAGUGAUGAAGAGGUACCUCAGCACAAGUUACCACUGAAGAUGGGAAAAUGUGUAUUGUAAUGUGGUAUGACAAAAAGCCAGUGUUGAUGCUUUCUGUUGUUCAUGAUGCACAGCCCGAAGACACCUGCCAGCAAUGGGACAAGAAACAGAAAAAAAUUGUGUCUGUUAGAAGACCAAGUAUUUUUUGUGAAUACAACAUGGGUGGGUUUGACCUCGCAGACAGGAUGGUCAGCUCCUAUAUAAUGAGGGUCCGUACCAAGAAGUUGAUGCUUCGAAUGCUCUUGCACUUCACAGAUGUUGCUUUAGCCAACAGCUGGCUACUGUACCGCCAAGACCACACAGUACGUGGCACUCACAGAAAGGGUUUCAUGCAAUUUCUUGAAUUCCGAAUGGAAGCUGCUAAGACAUUCUUGGCCCAGCAUAACAAUUCACAGGAAGACAGUACAGACCUCUCCGAACAUGAAGACAGCACAGACCAAUCAUCUCAGUCCGCAGAAGGGCUAAUGCACAUCUUCCAGAGGUAGUCCCCCUGAAGAAUGCAGCACGCUGCAGAGCAAAAAGCUGUUCUGGGAAAAGUCGAGUCCGAUG